AUUGAUAUUUUUGCAGUUGUAGAACACAUACUAAACAUAAAACAGAAAAACAAAAUAGCAUAAUUAUGAGUACUUUCUCUUGAUAUUAACUUCUUCAUCCUUUAAAUAAUUUUGAAAACAAUAGGACACAAUAAAUUUGACAAAGACUUUCUAGCCAUCCAAGUGAAAAGAAAACCUCCCUCAUAUGAUUUCACUAUCUUUUUCUUUCUUUCUUCUCUUCAUCUUCUGACUCAUGUACACUGUCCCUUUCUAUUCUCCUUUUUCUCUUUUUCUUAUUCUAUUAGUAUACAACUAUUUCUCAGCCUUGUGUUUUUUCAUUUUCACCGACAGCUGGUUUUCACCAACUUCUAAAUUAUACUAAUUUUACUCCUUUGGUCUUUUUGUUACACUUUCUGAAUAAAGAAUAAGCUUGUUCUUUUUUCUUCCCUGGUUUUCCUUCUUUCAAAGGAACCAACCAUUUCUUCCAAACAAAACUUGUAAUGCAGUCAAAGGUUAUUACCACAAGGUCAAUGAUGAACAACAUGUUUUCAAGAGACAAGAAAAGUGAUAUUAAUGGUCAUAGUCAUAGCAAUCCAAAUGUAGCUGAAUGGGAAUUAAGACCAGGAGGAAUGUUAGUACAAAAGCGUAAUUCGGAUGCGAAUAAAAGUUGUUCAUCAAUCAUCAAAGUCAAUGUGAAAUAUGGCUCAUCCUCUCACCAAAUUCAUAUCAGUUCUCAUGCAAGUUUUGGGCAAUUGAAGAAAAUGUUGACAGAAUCUACAGGGUUGCAUGUUGAGGACCAGAAGAUAAUUUUCAAGAAAAAAGUGAGAGAUUCAAAGUCAUAUCUUGAUGUUGAAAGAGUCAAAGAUGGAUCAAAGUUGGUUUUAAUGGAGGACAUUGAGAGUAGAGAAAGAAGAGUAUUAGAGAAACUAAAAAUUGCAAAGAAGGAAAAAACUUCAAAAUCCUUAAUUAAAAUUAACUUGGAGGUUGACAAACUAGCCAAAAAGGUUUCAGAUUUGGAGGAAAUUGCUUCUAAAGGUGGAGUUGUAGAAGAGUUAGAUGUAGAGAGUUUAACAGAAAAUUUGAUGAGAAUAUUAAUUACAUUGGAUGAAAUUUAUGGUGAAGGUGAACUGAAAUUGCAGAGAAAAGAACAGGUUAAGAGAGUUCAGAAGCACAUUGAGACUCUUGAUAUGCUAAAGAUUGCAAAGGAAAAUGAAGAUAACAAGGUGGAUUGUGGUGACAAGAAACAGCAACAACCUUUGAGUCAUUCUGAUUCAGUUGUUGUAACAACAAAAUGGGAAACAUUUGAUUAAGAAUGGAUUAAGUUGGUUUAGUUUGGAACAGUUAGUUAAUUAAUGUUUUCAAAGGUAGUUUAUGGAUGCUUAGAUAAGGUUAGUUCUGAGUAUUUAAUUCAAUGAAGAAAAUUUAUUAGAUUAAAUUGAACAUUAAACCGUGGUCUAUAUGUGUGAGUGGUUUUGUUUUCUGUCGGUGUGAUUUUCUUAGCUGUUGGUCUGUGAGGAUUUGGCUUUUGAGUAGGGACCAUGCAAUCAAGUUAGAUAUGUAUGGUAGAGGGUAUUAAUUUUGAGAUAAAUGAUAUGCGAUGCUACUUUGGACUCUUUCUUUCGGGUUUCGGGUUUAAAUUUGUGACAUCUCUUUUGUUUAACAAUAUCGAUUAUUUGUUAUUUGAGUUAAAUUUUAGUAGAAAUUUAAAUCUUAAUUUGAAAUAAAA